AUGGAAUCCCACCCUGACUCAACAGCCUUGGCCCAGCAAGUCCAGGCCCUCGCAGCUACCAUUGAAGAACUCACCAAACAGAACCAGGAAAUGAAGCUGCGGCUCCAGCAGGUUCAACAAGCUCAACAGGAAGAGAACAGGUCCAAGGGUAACAUGAAGGAAGAAGGGGAUAGUCAACGAAGGGAAACCUCCCGAAGACCAGUAACUCCAGACGAACAGAACUCAGAUCUUCUUCGAGAAAUGAGGAAAGAGAUGGAUGAACUAAGGAGCGCUAUCAAGGAGAAGACGGACCGAAGCGUAGACAAAAUGAUAAGAGCUACGGAUUCGCCAUUCACUGCUGCGGUACUUGAAUGCCCCGUGCCGUCGAAGUUUCGCCUGCCUCAGUUAGAGCCAUUCGACGGACUCAAGGACCCCCAGGAUCAUCUUAAUACCUUUAAGACGACUCUAGGUCUUCAGCAACCACCUGACGAGAUAUUGUGUCGCUCCUUCCCGACAACUCUCAAAGGAGCUGCAAGAGAAUGGUUUACUAAGUUGCCAAACUCGUCCAUAGACAAUUUCGAUCAGCUGAGCAGUGCCUUCCUGCGCCACUUCAUAGGGGGACAGCGCCCAAGGAGGCCAGUAGAUUACUUACUCACCAUAAGGCAGGGAGAGAAGGAGACCCUGAGGUCAUAUGUCAAGCGACUCACCCGGGAAACUCUGGAGGUAGACGAAGCUGAUGACAAGGUACAGAUGACGACCUUCAAAGCAGGGUUGAGAUCCAGAGACCUCAUGGCCUCCCUUGCAAAAAACCCUCCGAAGACAAUGGCGAAGAUGCUCCUGAAGGCACAAAAGUACAUGAACGCGGAAGAUGCCCUGGCUGCCAUAAAAGAUACCGAGAGGCCAGGAGAUAAGGUCAAGAGGGAAGAUGACCGUAGGGGGCAAAAGCGAGACAUACCAGAACGUCGGAACAAUGACGGGAAUAGGAGGAAGGACGAUAAAAAUUCUCGGACGGUAAAAUUUACUCCCUUGGUUAUGCCUGUUGACAAGAUUUUCACGCAGAUCAAGGACGAGCACUACCUCAAAUGGCCCAGGCCAUUACACUCAUCCCCCAACUUACGCGACAAGAGUAAGUACUGCCGGUUCCAUAAAGACCACGGCCACAACACAGAAGAUUGCAGAGAUCUGAAGGAGCAAAUAGAGGAAUUAAUACGGAAAGGGAAGUUGCAGAAGUAUGUAAAGAAAGGAGAAUAUAGCAAGUUCAAAGACGACAACAGGAUCCAGCAUGAAUCCUUCACUCGGGAUGACGACCAUCCGUCGCAGCCUCCACGUAAGGUGAUCGGGGAGAUAAACACGAUCACAGGAGGACCAUUCUCAGGAGGUUCAUUCAGAUCACUCAAAAAGGCAUACCAUAGACAGGUGAACAGAGUCCACACCAUGCCUCCGUCCAAGCACCGACGAACAUACCAGGACAUGUCCUUCACUGAAGGAGACGCCAGGGGAGUAAAGCAGCCCCACAACGAUCCCCUAGUCAUAGUGCUGAAUAUAGAAGGGUUCAAUACCAAAAGGAUCCUUGUUGAUAACGGGAGCUCAGCGGAUAUCAUCUAUUUCCCGGCCUUCCAGCAGCUGAGAUUAGAUCCAAAAAGGCUUCGCCCUUUUGACUCUCCACUCGUUAGUUUCAGUGGAGACAGGGUUUACCCUAGGGGCAUAGUGACACUGACGGUGACAGCAGGGACCUACCCAUUGCAGUUAACCAAACAAGUAGACUUCCUGGUGGUGAAAUUCCCGACGGACAACGGCGUGGGUGAAGUUAAAGGUGAUCAAGUCCUGGCAAGGGAAUGCUAUCAGGCUGUACUGGCAGGAAAGGAAAACCACACGUGGACGAUUGAAGAAAAAGAGGAAGACGGGAUGGAGACCUUGGAAACAGUGGAAUUGGUAGAAGGAAAUGCGGGCAAGACGACCAAGAUAGGGACGACGCUAAGCCUCGAGAUGAGAACAAGACUCAUAAAGUUCCUUAAAGAGAACCUAGAGGUCUUUGCUUGGAGUCACGAGGACAUGCCAGGCAUAUCUCCAGAAGUUAUCCAACAUAGGCUGAAUGUGGACCCCACCAAGAAGCCCGUUCAGCAACGACGAAGAACCUUCGCCCUAGAGCGAGAUCAGGCAGUUGCAGAAGAAGUAACCAAACUCUUGACGGCUGGAUUCAUCCGGGAAGUAUAUUAUCCUGAAUGGCUCGCCAACGUCGUCCUGGACAACUUCCCUCUACCAAGGAUAGACCAGCUCGUGGACUCCACCGCCGGACACAAGUUGCUGACGUUCAUGGACGCCUUCUCAAGGUACAACCAGAUAAAGAUGGCUAAAGAAGACCAGGAGAGGAUGGCCUUCGUCACAAGUCAAGGACUCUACUGUUACAAGGUGAUGCCUUUUGGGCUGAAAAAUGCUGGAGAUACGUAUCAGAGAAUGGUAAACAAAAUUUUCAGCCAACAGAUUGGCAGGAACAUGGAGGUGUACGUGGACGAUAUGCUCGUCAAGAGCAAGGAAGAGCUCACACAUCUGGACGACUUAGAGGAAACUUUUGCAACCCUCAAAAAACACCAGAUGAAGUUGAAUCCGAGCAAGUGUGCCUUUGGGGUAGCUUCGGGGAAGUUCUUGGGAUUCAUGGUGUCCCAAAGAGGAAUAGAAGCAAAUCCAGAGAAAGUACGAGCUAUCAUUGACAUGGCCUCACCCAAAACCGUCAAGGAUGUUCAAAAACUCACAGGAAGAAUAGCAGCUUUAAACAGGUUCGUCUCUAGGGCCACAGACAAAUGCCUACCCUUCUUUAAGACACUGAAGCAGGCUUUUGCUUGGACUGACGAGUGCGAAGCGGCGUUCCAAGAGCUGAAGCAAUACCUGAGCAGUCCGCCUCUCCUAAGCCCGUCCAAAGAGGGAGAGAACCUAUACCUGUACCUGGCGGUGUCAGCUUCGGCAGUAAGCGCAGCUUUAAUUAGAGAAGAGGGCAAGAAGCAACUCCCGGUUUACUAUGUCAGCCAAGCUCUCCAAGGGGCUGAAUCCAGGUACCCAAGGAUCGAAAAGAUUGCGUUUGCACUGAUAGUGGCCUCGCGCAAGCUCAGGCAAUAUUUCCAGUCAAAUCCUAUUCUCGUGAUGAUGGACCAACCAAUCAAGAAGUCAAUGAGCCAGCCAGAAGCAGCAGGAAGAAUGGUCCAGUGGGCAAUUGAACUUAGUCAAUUUGACAUCGAGUACCACCCCAGAACAGCGAUCAAGGCACAAGCUCUGGCGGACUUCAUCGUCAAAUUCACGUCCCCUGACGAAGACAUGAUUACUGACGACACAGAUAAACUAAUAAUACAGACUGAUGGUUCGUCAGCCCAAAAGAAGGGAGGAGUAGGGGUCAUCAUAACCACCCCCGACGGAGAAGUGCUGAAAUAUGGGGUCCAACUAAGGUUCCCAACCACCAACAAUGAAGCUGAAUACGAAGGAAUACUGACGGGACUGAGGCUUGGGAAAGCACUUGAUGCCAAGAAUUUGUUGAUCCAAAGUGAUUCAAAGCUAGUGAUUGGACAGAUCAGGGGAGAAUACGAGGCAAAAGAAGAAAGAAUGCAAAAGUACCUCAAGUUGGCAAGACAGCUAGCUCAGGAGUUCGAUACGGUGGAGUUCAUACAAAUCCCAAGAAGUCAGAAUAUGGAGGCUGACGAAGUAUCAAAGCUAGCGUCAUCAAAGGAAGAAGGGACUGGCACGGACCUGUUGAUGGAAGUCCAAAAACACCCUAGUAUCGACGAAGUUGCAACCUUCGCCAUCCAGAGCACUGAUACCUGGAUGACGCCCAUAAUGUCCUUCCUCCAGGACGGGCACCUACCUCAAAACACCAAAGAAGCCAGAAAGAUCAAGAAGAGGGCAGCCAGAUUCACGAUCCUGAAUGACGUCUUGUACAAGAGAGGCUUCUCUAUGCCCUACUUGAAGUGCGUCGACGAGGAAGAGGCCAAAUACAUCCUUGAGGAGGUAGACGCCGCUGAGAUUGUCAGGAGGUGCGACAAAUGCCAACGAUACGAGAAUGUGCAGCGGCUUCCGGCAGAGAAAAUGACAACCAUAGCUUCCCCAUGGCCAUUUGCACAAUGGGGAAUCGAUAUCGUCGGUCCUCUGCCUCAAGGUAAAGGUCAGGCCAUAGCAACGAUCACGGAGGCUCGGAUCCAGAACUUUGUGUGGAAGAACAUAAUUUGCAGGUUCGAGAUUCCCUCGACGAUCAUAUCAGACAAUGGAAGGCAGUUCGACAGUCAAGGCUUCAGGGAAUUCUGCUCAAGCCUUGGGAUCAAAAAUCAGUUCUCAUCUCCAGGGCACCCUCAGGCGAAUGAACAGACAGAAGUGACGAACAGGACGCUGUUGAAAAUUAUCAAAACCAAGCUGGACGAAGCAAAAGGUGCGUGGCCAGAAGAACUACCCAACGUCCUGUGGGCCUACAGAACCACGGCCAGAACCCCGACAGGAGAGACACCCUUCAAGCUUACUUAUGGCACAGAAGCAGUAAUCCCAGUAGAGGUUGGGGUAACUAGCAUCAGGCGAGGGACUUUCACAGAAGGACUCAAUGACGACGAAUUGCGACUCAACCUGGACUGCCUGGACGAAGUAAGAGACAACGCAUCUAGUAGGAUGACAAAGUAUCAAAAAAAGAUGGCCGAGUAUUACAACAAGAGGGUCAAACUCAGGCGACUGGACAUAGGGGACCUCGUCCUGCGUAAGGUCACCGCAGCAACUAAAGACCCUACUCAAGGAAAAUUGGGCCCUACAUGGGAGGGGCCUUACCGCGUCACUCACUACUCAAGACAAGGAAGUUACCAUCUGGAAACCCUGGACGGAAAGAAACUCCCGCGGCCAUGGAACAUUGAGCAUUUAAAGAAAUAUCAUGAGUAA